CCCGUACAGUUGCCCGCUCCGAACCCUAGCCAUUUCGCACCGCGAGGUAUCCGCCCUCCUGUACCUCUAGUGUUAAUACUUUUGGUUUUGGGGAGGCGUCGCCACUGGCUGCGGGGUGGGUAAAUACUCGGGCCACCCAUGGAGGAGGGUUCUGAGCGGCCCCCUCACUCACGCGCCACCCGGGCGCAAAACCCUAGCUGUGAGGAGGAGGAGGCCGCCGGGCUGGUCAAAGACGAGAUUGCUGACGAUCUCAACGCCGACCCCGCGGAGGACGAGGAUGAGGAUGAGGUGGUUGUGGAGGAGGGCGAGGACGAGGUGCUCGUCGCCUCCGACGACGACGACGGGGCGGCGGACGGCGCCGGAGGGGAUGACGACUUCGUGCCGCGCACGCUGGAGGAAGCUCUCGUGCCGCGGGUGGGUACGGUGUUCGACUCCGUCGACGAGGCCUUUUCGCUCUACAAGGCAUACGCCUUCCGCAUGGGAUUCCACGCCGUGCGCCGCACCUGCCACAACUACGAGGGGAUUCGCUACCGCUCCACCUUCAGCUGCACUCAAGCUGGCAAGUCCCGGGAAGGGGCCGCCCCGUCGGAAGAUUCAGGCGCCCGCUACCCACUCCGCAACAAGCGUGGGGCAGCCACCCCGGAGAAGCGGGCUCGGCGAACCACUGCCGAGAAGACUGGAUGCAAGGCGAUGCUGAUCAUCCGUGACAAGCGGGUGAACGAUAGGUGGAAGGUGGAGUUCGUCGACUUGGAGCAUAACCAUCCUUGUACACCUGAUAUGGUGAGGUUUUUGAAAUCCUACAGGGAGAUGCCUGAGUCAGCCAAGAAGAAGGCCAAGAUUACUGUUGAGAUGGAUGAGACGGUGGAGAAGUCAUUGAGUGAGAUUGCUGAGACCAGGAAGUUUCCCACUCGCCCCAAGCGGAGUGUCAGUGGUGGAGCUGCUGCUGGUGGGUUGAGGUUUAAUAGAACCGACAGUUUUGUGCAGCGCUUCGGGGACGAAGACCUCAUUGCAGUCAAGAAGUUCAUCGAAAUGAUGCAGGAAAAGAAACCAAACUUCAUUCAUAGCUGGGAUCUUGAUCAGGAAAGUCGCAUGAAGAAUUUUUUCUGGACAGAUUUGAGGUCUCAGGCCCAGUACCGCUACUUUGGUGAUGUCAUUUCACUUGAUGUAAUGUACUUGCAGCACUCUCGUGCUAGCCUCCCUUUGGCCACACUCCUUGGGGUGAAUAACCAGGGCCACCUUGUGCUACUUGGUUGUGGUCUGCUCUCCAAAGACAGUAAAGAGAACUAUGUUUGGUUGUUGAAGAGGUGGCUGAGCUGUAUGAAUGGCAAGCCACCAGAGGCGAUUACAACUAGUUAUUCAGAUGUCGUGGCAGAGGCUGUGUCUGAGGUCUUGCCAGAUGCAAGGCACCGGUUCUGCUUUUGGCAUAUCUUGAAGAAGCUCCAAGAAAACGUGGGACGUACACAUGAGAAAGAGGCAAUUUCUUUGAGAUUCAAGGAGGUUGUUUAUGACACAGUCACUCUUACUGACUUUGAAAAGGAGUGGGAGGCCAUGGUUGAGCAUUACAAGCUCAAAGAUAAUGAAUGGUUCUCUGCACUGUACAGCUGCCGGAAGCAGUGGGCUCCUGGUUAUGUCAAUCAUUCGUUUUGGGCUGGCACAUCUGCUAUCAGGAAGGUUGAAAAACCAGAUCCAUACUUUGAUGGUGUUGUGACAAGUAAAACCACAUUACCAGUUUUCCUUGAGCAAUAUGAGACUACCCUCAGAGGGAAGCUGGAAAGGGAAGCAUACGAUGAUUUGCGCUCCUAUUAUUCUAGGCUCACUUUGCUGUCAGGAUUACCAUUUGAGGAGCAACUUCUGGAGCUGUAUACAGUACCCAUGUUUCAGGCAUUCCAAGACGAGAUCAAGCAAUUAAUGCAUGUUAUUUGUAAAGAGGUAGACAGGAGCGGGAAUUCAAUUACCUACAUGGUCAGCGAGUUAAUACAGGGCAAGAAGGUUGACUAUACAGUUGUCUACAACAAUUCUGACAAGGAUGUUUGGUGCAUUUGUCGCUCUUUUCCAUCACGGGGCAUUCUUUGCAGCCAUGCUCUGUCUGUUCUGAAGCAAGAGAAUGUGUUGAUGCUGCCAUCAAAGUACAUCCUCAGCCGCUGGAGGAAGGACUUCAGAAUUAUUCACGCGUCUGCAAGCCCGAACUCUGUGGCAUUGCAGAGAGAUUUGAGCAUUUUUGAUGAUCUCUACGUGCGUGGCCAUGAAUAUUUAGAAGAUGUUAUCGAUAUUGGGGCUAGAGAACCUGAGUUGAAGGAGUUUGUGCUGUCUGCCAUGAAAGAAGCGAAGGGCAAACUAGUAAGGCCUGGUCAGACCCAGCAAGGUGAUCAGCGGGUUGAUGUAAAUAUGGCAGUAACUGGUCAGGUAUCCGCUGAUAGAAGAGUUGAUGUGAACAUGGCAUCAAACACCACAUCCAUCAUUCACAGGGACAGAAGGGUUGAGGCAAACAUGCCAUUAAACACAAGAGCCCUGGUUCAUGAGGAUAACAUGGCAUCCAACACGACAUCCCUGAUCCAUGGGGACAGAAGAGCCGAUAUGGAAAUGCAAACACCCCACCUUAUCCACAGAGAGGGAAGAGUUGACAUGAACAUGACAGCCCCUCACUUGAUGCAGAGGGAGAGAAGAGUAGACGUGAAUAUGACGUCCCCUCACCUGAUCCAUGGGGACAGAAGAGUCGAUAUGAACCUGGGGUCGCCACACUUCAUACACAGCGACAGAGGAGUUGAUAUGAACCUGACAUCCCCUCAUCUGAUACAUGGGGACAGGAGAGUUGAUAUGAACAUGGCGUCACCACACCUGAUACAUGGAGACAGAAGAGUUGAUAUGAACAUGACGUCCCCUCACAUGAUACAUGGUGACACGAGAGUGGAUAUGAACAUGGUAUCCACUUCUCAGGAUGAUGCGAUGCACACUUUUGAUUUGGUGAACGUCAACCUGGAGAGUUCUUUGCCAAUGGCUGCAACAGAUUUCAUGCAAAUGCAUCCACACCCACCAGUUUACCAUCCCAAACAACUCCUCAAUAUGAGAGAUCAGGUGAUGGACUCAAACAAGAGAUCCAAUGUGGAAACAAAUACUUAUUUCAUCGGAGGUGGAAUGCAUGUGGGGUAGUUUAACUGUCUGCUGCUGUAACAUUUGUUUAGAAAGGGAGACGACCUUCUUGUAUGUUGAUAUGUAUGUUCUUAGUUCAGGCAGUACCACUAAUCAACUAGUUUGUACUAAUUGCAGAUCAAACAUUGAUUGUUGGUAGCUCUCCUGUACCAUUUCCCCCCUGUUUGGCAGUUGCAGUUAGCUA